UUCAGAAACCCGCUCAAACCUCGACAUUCUGUGUUCGUCCGCAAUCGCGACCUUCGAUCACUACAGCAGCAGACAGACGUCAACGUGCUGUGUCUCCAAUUUCUGGAUCAGCUUUUCUCACAGUGGUAGGUGACGCCCUUCGUUCGUGAGUGCAGAUAUUUGAUUAUCUUACAGGGAACUGCGCAGAACAUGACAUCCACACCAACAUCGAAUCAGGCACCAUUCGGGUUUAAUACUCCAGCCUCGUCAUCCUACGCACUUAUGGAGGAGAACAACCCAGCAUGGAGCUCAAUGCCGACUUCUCUUGACUACUGGCGUCCCUUGGUGCAAACAGACACUAAGUGGGAUGUAUCUUCAAUCAAAUCCGAGAAAGUCCCUGUCACCAAUUCGCAGGUACCACAAGCAUCCUACAGUUCCUUCUUAAGUUAUCGAAGGUUGGAUACUGGAAACGCCCUUACAUCACAGUCACCCAUCAGCAUGCUCAGCGAACCUUCCGAUGGUCAAUCAAACACCGAGGGAUUUCUGAGUUCGUCCCCAUGUUGGAGCGGCAAUGACGCAUCGCUGGUUCUGCCAAGCGCGUCGAUGUCGAAGUUCUCCAUUCCUUCAUCCAAUCUCUUGGGGAGUCAGACGUUCUUCAAUGCGAAUCCCGAGCCUCACUAUACCAACUCUCUGCCACUCCGUAGUCAAGCACCUGUGCAGCAUGACGUCUACCACCAGUCUUCUCCUCUGUUCUUCGACUACGCCAACACGCCAACCGACAAGCAACAGUCAACCUUUCCGCAGUACUACGAGGUCAUUCCUUCCGUCGAAACCUUCGAGAGUCUACCAUCCAGUCGAGACGACUCGUUACGUGACACCCUCGAGGUCAACUCGCCAUACGAGACGCAUCAGGAAUUCAGCAUGGGAAAUGCUCAGGGCGAAUUCAUGGCGGGUGACAGGAUAGAUGCACGUCGUCGCUACGAGGAUCAAGAGCUCUUGGAGCUGAAGCAGGCCGGUCUGACAUACAAGGAGAUCAAGAUGAGAAUAGGGACGCAUGUGGCAGAAUCAACCUUGAGAGGGCGCUUUCGGUCGUUGAUCAAGCCAAGGACAGAGCGUGUUCGUAAACCAAAGUGGACUGACAGAGAUGUAAGUUUUCCUGGCCUCUGAGUUGUGCUCAACUGACCCUUUGAUCAGAUUCGGCUCCUGACAGAAGUGGUCAAACGCGAACUCGACAAGCUGGACGCUGUGUACCAGCAUGCCACCCGAGAGCAGAGGCUGUCUAAGAUAUCCUGGAGGAAGAUCGCCGACCAUAUCAGUGACCAUGGCGGUUCGUA